AUGGACCACCAUACUAUGGACCACCACACCAGGGACCACUACACCGUGAACCACUACACCAAAGACCACCACACCAUGAAUCACCAUACUAUGGACCACCAUACCAGGGACGACUAUACCAUGAACCACUACACCAGAGACCACCACACCAUGGAUCACCAUAUCAUGAACCACUACACCAGAGACCACCACACCAUGGAUCACCAUAUCAUGGGCCACCACACCAGGGACCACCACACUAGUAAAUCACCAUCCCUGACAACUCAGGCUUUUGCGGCAACUUACAAAUGUAGCAACGUUGUGUUGAGAGAAUCACUUGAGGUCCGUCAAUUGGAGGUGACGGUAUCACCCUCACUCUGGCGCCAGCUCUCCUCCAGUGACUGUCUCUCAGACACCAGCAGCAGAGGCUGUCUCUCCCACACCAGCAGCAGCAAAGGCUGCAUCUUCCAAACCAUUAGCAGCGAAGGUUGUCUCUCCCACAUCAAUAACAGCAGUCUGUCUCUCCACAUCAGCAGCAGCAGAGGCUGUCUCUCCCACAGCAGCAGCAAAGGCUGUCUUUCCCGCACCAGUAGCAGCGGCAAAGGCUGUCUCUCCCACACCAGCAGCAGCGAAGACUGUCUCCCAAACCAGCAGCAGCAGCAGAGGCUGUAUCUCCUACACCAGCAGCGACUUCAACGGUGUUCCAAUCAUCCAGACAUGAGAGGUGCAGCAGCAGCAGUGAUGCCAGGCGUGGGGGGCAGCAGAGUGUGUGUGGGCGUGGGGGGCAGCAGAGUGUGUGUGGGCGUGGUGUUACUGGCACUGAUAGUACUCAGUACCGGACUUCCUGCCCAUAUCUUCCUGCCUCUCCAGCUGGAGUACGACAUCAAGCCAGCUGGCGGCGAGGUGGGCGUGUCAGGUGGUGACAAGGUGGUCUCACCCCCAGGAUCCAGCAACCAGCUGCUGCCCCCAGCACCUUACUACCAAGACCAACCUCAUAUCUACACGCUGCUACCCAGCAAGAGAAGAUACCUGGGUAUCGAACUACCGGACUACAUCGCCAAGAACAACCACGGGAAACUCAAGGAGCAAAUGAUGAAUUCUGGCAAGUAGUGAUGUCUUGUGCUCCUAGUGACGUCUUCUGCUUCCUUGUGACUCUGCCUGGCCCCCGUGAUGCCACCUGCUUACAAAUAACUUACCACCAAUCAAACAACGUUCCUGCGUCUCACACAGUACCCAACCUACCAACCUAGAUGAACCUUCCUGACUCUGUAGUUGUGAUUCAAGUUUCAAGUGUUCAUUCUUAAAUACUUUUUGGAUUCUAUAUUAAUAGUGUGUCUUGUACUUAGUUGUGAUGAGAGUACCCUGGUGGGCAAGGGGGCAGCGCCCGCUGCUGUGGUCACCACACAACAGAACUAUCACUGUUUAAUCUAACCUAGUCAACUCACCUAGCUUACAACUGCUACACGAAUCGCAGCAUAGCUCUUCUCACAGCUGCAGUCCUACGCAUCCUUCCUGGCCUCUCAUAUCUAAUGUUGUAUAUGGAAAGGCAGAUACCACAAGGCCUUAUAUAGUUCACAUCGAGGCUGUCUACCGAGAUUGAUGGUGGUAGUGUUUUGUUCGUCGGGAGAAACCGUAUCAGUAACUGAUACGAGUUGUAAUCAUAGAUGAAGAUCUCCAUAAAGAUGUUGGUCAUUUGAGAGAGGCCUUCCUCUGGUUAAUUGGUUUACCCAGUAAACCAGUUAAUAUCACAUCAAAAGAUGCGGUAGCAGGCUCCCCGCAUCUUUUAAAAACAAAGGAUCACCAUAAAGCAGUGUCUUAGAAAAGGACUACCUGCACUCUGUAACUCUUCUCAUGUCAGGAUAGUUGAAGCAAGGAUGGUAUAACAGAAAGUUCUCUCUCCCGUCCUUCAUGUCCUCUCGCCGCACUGCCGCCUUGAAAACGUCUAUUCGAAAAAAUCGUGUAUUAUAAAGACGCAAGUGGUCAUUUAAUAGAAUAGGCAGAAGCAGAGAUGGGAUUUAAACAACCACCACAAGAACUACUACUACUACUACUAUUACUGCUGCUGCUACUACUUAUGCUACCAUCAAUACUAUGGUCUAAGAGAUCUAUGGUUAACAGGUUUUCGAGAAGUACUUCUUGAAAUAAGGUUAAGGUUGCAGUGGUCAGUCAGUCAUAGCAGUGUAUCUAGCCAACCUUUAUGGUGUAUUUUAAUUCUUUAUUUGCAAAUUGCUUGCUCAGCUAGUUCUCAGGAACAGCACUUGCUACACCAGUCACUGGAACACUUGCUACACCAGCCACUGGAACACUUGCUACACCAGUCACUGGAACACUUGCUACACCAGU